CCGCGCAGCCGCAGCCGGGUCACAAUGCUGCUUGGAGCAUCUCUGGUAGGAGCACUACUGUUCUCCAAGCUAGUGCUGAAGCUGCCCUGGGCCCAGGUGGGAUUCUCCCUGUUGCUCCUGUACUUGGGGUCUGGUGGCUGGCGUUUCAUCCGGGUCUUCAUCAAGACGGUCAGGAGAGAUGUCUUCGGUGGCAUGGUGCUCCUGAAGGUGAAGACCAAGGUCCGACGCUACCUUCAGGAACGGAAGACAGUGCCCUUGCUGUUUGCCUCAGUGGUACGGCGCCACCCCGACAAGACAGCCCUGAUUUUCGAGGGCACAGACACUCACUGGACCUUCCGCCAGCUGGAUGACUACUCCAAUAGUGUGGCCAACUUCCUGCAGGCCCGGGGCCUGGCCUCAGGCAAUGUAGUUGCCCUCUUUAUGGAAAACCGUAAUGAGUUUGUAGGUCUGUGGCUAGGCAUGGCCAAGCUGGGUGUGGAGGCGGCUCUCAUCAACACCAACCUUAGGCGGGAUGCCCUGCGCCACUGUCUUGACACCUCAAAGGCACGAGCCCUCAUCUUUGGCAGCGAGAUGGCCUCAGCUAUCUGUGAGAUCCAUGCUAGCCUGGACCCCUCACUCAGCCUCUUCUGCUCUGGUUCCUGGGAGCCCAGCACAGUGCCUGCCAACACAGAGCAUCUGGAUCCUCUACUGAAAGACACUCCGAAGCACCUGCCCAGCCACCCAGACAAGGGUUUUACAGAUAAGCUCUUCUAUGUCUACACAUCGGGCACCACGGGGCUACCCAAGGCUGCCAUUGUGGUGCACAGCAGGUAUUACCGUAUGGCUUCCCUGGUGUACUAUGGGUUCCGCAUGCAGCCUGAUGACAUUGUCUAUGACUGCCUCCCCCUCUAUCACUCAGCAGGAAACAUCGUGGGGGUCGGUCAGUGCCUCCUCCACGGCAUGACUGUGGUGAUCCGGAAGAAGUUCUCAGCCUCCCGGUUCUGGGACGACUGUGUCAAGUACAACUGCACAAUUGUACAGUACAUUGGUGAGCUUUGCCGCUACCUCCUAAAUCAGCCACCCCGUGAGGCUGAGUCUCGGCACAAGGUGCGCAUGGCACUGGGCAACGGUCUUCGGCAGUCCAUCUGGACCGACUUCUCCAGCCGCUUCCACAUCCCCCAGGUGGCUGAGUUCUAUGGGGCCACUGAGUGCAACUGUAGCCUGGGCAACUUUGACAGCCAGGUGGGGGCCUGUGGCUUCAAUAGCCGCAUCCUGUCCUUUGUGUACCCUAUCCGCUUGGUACGAGUCAAUGAGGAUACCAUGGAACUGAUCCGGGGACCUGAUGGCGUCUGCAUUCCCUGUCAACCAGGCCAGCCAGGCCAGCUGGUGGGUCGCAUCAUCCAGCAGGACCCCCUGCGCCGUUUCGAUGGGUACCUCAACCAGGGUGCAAACAACAAGAAGAUUGCUAAUGAUGUCUUCAAGAAGGGGGACCAAGCCUAUCUCACUGGUGACGUGCUGGUGAUGGAUGAACUGGGUUACCUAUACUUCCGAGAUCGCACAGGGGACACGUUCCGCUGGAAAGGGGAGAAUGUGUCUACUACUGAAGUGGAAGGCACACUCAGCCGCCUACUUCAUAUGGCAGAUGUGGCAGUUUAUGGUGUUGAGGUGCCAGGAACUGAGGGCCGAGCAGGAAUGGCUGCCGUGGCAAGCCCCAUCAGCAACUGUGACCUGGAGAGCUUUGCACAGACCUUGAAACAGGAGCUGCCUCUGUACGCCCGCCCCAUCUUCCUUCGCUUCUUGCCUGAGCUGCACAAAACAGGGACCUUCAAGUUCCAGAAGACAGAGUUGCGGAAGGAGGGCUUUGACCCGUCUAUUGUGAAAGACCCACUGUUCUAUCUGGAUGCCCGGAAGGGCUGCUAUGUUGCACUGGACCACGAGGCCUAUACCCGAAUCCAGACAGGCGAGGAAAAGCUGUGAUUUCCCCCUACAUCCCUCUGAGGGCCAGAGGAUGCUGGAUUCAGAGCCCCAGCUUCCACCCCAGAGGGGUCCUUGGGCGAUGCAAGACCAAAGCUAGCAGGGCCCGCACCUCCGCCCCUAGGUGCUGAUCCCCCCCCUCCCAAACUGCCAAGUGACCACUGCCGCUUCCCUGACCCUCCAGAGGCUUUCUGUGAAAGUCUCAUCCAAGCUGUGUCUUCUGGUCCAAGCGUGGCCCCUGGGUCCCAGGCUUACUGCUGGGCCUCUUUAGGAUGAUGUCUUGGGUCCAGUGGACCAGGGUGUGCAAGAGGAGUUACAAGAUUCCUCCAAAAAGAAGGGAGCUUACAAAUGAACCAAGGCAAAAGCCUCUAGACUCAGGAAGCUAAGUGGCCAAAGACUGUAGUGGCCAGCCAUCCCAUGUCCACAGAGUAUCUUGGUCCAGAGCUACUGAAGUGUCACCUAGCCCUACUUGAACCUCUGGGGAAAGGAGGACAGCGUGUGGCCACCGGGCCCUGUCUCAAGAAGUCAGGAUCUCACACACACUCCUUGUUUCUCCAGAUUCCAUUGUUCUUGUCUCGGGGAGGGAGGGAGGGGGUGUCUUGUCUUGUCUCUCAGAUUCAGCCUUCCUCCCUGUCUGUGAGUCUGUGUUGCCUUCUCCAUCUGUCCUAGCCUGACUGGGUGGAGCAGGCAUGAGGGGAGGGUCAGGGACCAAUAAACUCUGCCUUGAUUCCUCUUAGCCUGACAA